UGCGAGAUCCGUCACCACAGGACUUAAGUAUAUUAGAACACGAACAUACAAUUGACAGCACAGUACCUCCAAAGCCGAGCCCAAAUCCUUCAGCUCAGAUGAUAAAACAGGAAAAAGAAAGGCACGGUUUUAAAGAUCGAGGUGUUGCCAGCCAGACACAACGACAGCCAGAAUCCCUUUACGAGUGGACUGACUGUAUAAGUCGGAAUGAUGUUACAACAGCAAAAGACUUAGUAAAGAGAAAUAUUCUACCGUCUAACAGCAAUCUCCAGGAAGCAUGCCAUAUGUUCGGGAGACAAUCUGAAACAUUUUCUGAUAUUUGUAGUAUGAUUUGUCAGCAAACCAAGGACGCGAUAGAAGAUGUAGUCGAUGUAUGGGCAUGUUACUGUAUAACGGAGUGCAAUUCAGACGGCAAAAUAACUGUAGUUUUCAUUGUAAUUACUACGGAUACGUCGAAAUCGAUUCAGCUAAAAGACUACAAAUAUCAUUUCAUUUGUGACAAAACUUUUAGCAAUGAAAGCGAAAUCGUACGUGCGAGGGAGUUAUCAGAUGGAACAGUUGAUAUAUCAAGUAUGCGUGAAACUCUUGAAGAGAUGAGAAAAUGUAUAGCCCACCAUGCUGAUGAUCUUCUUGAAAGGCAUAGUAAUAUUAGCGUUAUAAUGCCUAGUUUAAAGAAGUCGAAGGGUUAUAAUUCAGAUAGUCAUACCAUUAUCGACGAACCAUGUAUUGUACUCUAUGUCCCUGUAAAAGGUUAUAUACCGAUAAAUGAGGAUCCGUUCCAACAAGAACUUGAUGGAUUUAAAAUAGAUGUUCUUGAAGGUAAAUUCGAAACAUAUGCUGGAGGACCAAACGAUUUUCAUGAUUGCCUGAAAAUGGGACUAGCCAUCCAUGCAAACAUUUUUGAUAGUAAUAAACAUUUACUUGGUGGGACACUUGGAGGAUUCGUAAACCAUCCGGUGUACAAGAUGUGCGGAAUAACAUGUGCUCACGUCGUUUGUUCCAGCGAAGAAAUGAUGUCUGUUAAGUUGUGUGGUACUAAAGAAGGUUUCGAUAAACAAGUAUUUCAACCAGUGAAGCAAGAAUCUGUACCAUUCGGUAGAGUUAAAAUGGCUGUUUACAAACAUGGUGAUGAAUCAUUACCAGGGAUGGAAGCUGCUCUUUUUGACAUACAAGAAAGACAUCCAGAAGAUGGCAGUUUUCCAUUGGCUUUUAAUGACAUACAAGCAGGGUUUGAUGAAGACCGGCCGCUGACUUACAAUUCAGGAGUUGUCUGUGAAGCGUCGACCAUUACCCCAAGAACUGAAGUGGUUAAAUUCGGCAUGGCGACUGGUAUUACUAGAGGGAGCUUUGCCUUACAAGGUGCUGUCGUUCGCAAAGAGCGAAUGGAAGGAAAUAGGGGCAGCUUCGGAUACAGUCUUAAAAAUCAGUUAGUAAUUCUUCAAAUAGGAGAGGAGCCCUUUGCAAAAGCAGGUGACUCGGGGGCUUUAGUACUGAAACAUGGCGAUCAGCAUGAUUCUAUUGGAAUUGGCAUUGUUGAAGGUGGUAUUAAGGGGAGAGUGUUUGUUACGCCUAUAUGUGAUAUUCUAAGAGCUUUUGGGUGUUCAGAGAUGCACCAAUUCAACGCCAAUCAAGUCUUAAGAGAUGGCUUUCUUUCAUCGGAUUCCGAAAUGGAUGUCAGUGAUUAGUAAAAUGCGAAAAAAAGUAACAAAAGGUGUUGCUAAACGCAUUGUGAUAGUGUCCUUUUUUAUAUUUCUAUACUAACCUCUACGAUAAACAACAGUCACUACUGAAAACUUUUCCUGGAGUGUAUAAUGCUACUCGCUUUCAGAUUUGAUGAAUUUUUUCAACAUGUUCAUUCUCGCAAUAUUAAGCAUAUGAUGUAAAUAUGACAUUAAAAUGUUAGAGUGAAACAAAUGUUAUGCAAGAAAACUGCUGAUUUCCUCUAUUAUUUCAAAAAAGUUGCAGCAACUGUUUACUCCUUUCUGCAAAAUAAUUUUGGAUGCAUUUUAGAAUAUCUUGCAGAAGUCAUUUGUCAAUUAUUUUUUACCACUGUUUAAUUUCACAGCACCUACAAUUAUUGAUAUAUCUGAGCGAAACAUUUUGUAUAAAUUUGUGAGCGAGUCGCUUUAAACAAAUCAUCAAGGCGGCCAUAUAGGUACACGUUUAAUAGUAACUUUAACGUGUAGAUUAAUCAAUUUAAAAAGCUUUCAAAAUUAGACAAAAUUAUGGUAUAGUUUCAUUCCAAAACCCUCGACAAGUUAAGUUUUUAUCGUAUUUUCCUCUGUAUUCGUAGAAGCACACUAAGAGAUAUACUGCGCAAAAUAUCGGAUCACAUAUCAAAAUUGCUCCAUCGCCGCUAUCCCGUUACAGCAAAGAAAAAAAGCACGAGAUAACAUAGUAAUGUAGACGAAAGUAGGUGUUUAAUAAAUAUUGACGACCUGCUUGACGAUCUAAGGUUGAUGGAUGGUAAAUUAUUUCGAAGAGAGUUUGAUUAAAUGCAUUGGUAUAGUUUAUUUUAUUUUUUCUCUUUAAAUUUCAUGAAGUUUUCAUAUAUUUACAUUAUACUUGCAGUUAUACUAUCUAUUAACAAAUACUAGUAAUAUUAUAAUACAAAUAUAAGUAAAGCUCUGCAAAUUUUAAGAAUUUCUAUAGCCAAACUACUUGAGAGACGUGGUUACAUUAGUUUAGUUCCUAACAAUUAUCUUAGUUGUGAAAAGUGUAGAAAUAUUAGUAUCUGGUCGUUGUGUAAAGAAACUAUUCAUUCAAAACCCUUAUGGAAAUAAGGAUUAACCUUUUGUAAUGAUAAGAAAAUGUUUUAAUAAAUUUUCUGUCUCAAUCGUAGAAUAAAUUUUGCUUCUAAUCAAAACUUGAAAAAGAAAACAUUUAUUUCUAUUGUCACGUAAUGAAAUACUUCGGACUUCGGGUAAUAGUUUUGAUUGUCGACAUUUAAUAAGUGCAUUUAUAUAGAUUGAAAAAGUUUCUUAGGGACUAAACCUUGCCUUGUACAAUGGGUCCUCCAACUUGUAUCAUAACUUUGUUCGUAAUUUUGUUUUUACUAUAGAGGCAACAUCUUUGCAAGAUAUCUAGUCUAUGCUGUAAACAAUUAUAUCGCAAUGGUCUGAAGGCAGAAAAUGUAAGAAAAGGGGGAGAGAAGCAAAAUAAGACUCUCUUGAGUAAGUUCCGUUUGUAUUGAACAUGAAACUUCAAUAGAAUUAAGUAGUUCAAUUGUGUGACAAAUUAGACAAUGUGUUUCAUUGAAAAGCUUUAUUUUUGUUACUUACAUGGUUAGUAUCGCAAAAUAUAUUUACCAGAGCUAUACUGUUUUGACGAUAUUUUUGUAGUAAACAGUACCUGGCGUAAUGCAGAAUACUUAGAAUACUUGUUUAGUGAACAUUCCUCUUUCUUUCGAAACGCGCGAAUAACUUGACUUAUUUUGUAAUUAUGUCGUUUUUAUCAAAUGCAUUUGUUUCAUAUUUUUAUAUAAAUCUGUAUGCAAACGUAAAAUGUGAUGAAUAAUCAUGUACUUUACUCAACUAUUAAAAUGUGUAGUAUAUACUGAACCGGAGAGCUAACCCGCCAUUUCCUAUUUUGCAAAUAGUUAAAAAAAAUACUGAAAGUACAAUUCUCGAAUUAAGGGGAUAGUUAAAUCGAGCUAUCAAUAUACACAUAUCAAAAUUUCAAUAGUAUAAAAUUAUGCAAAAAUAUAAUUUUAUUCAUUUAACGACCAAAGCCCGUUUUUAAAAAGUCACAAAAGUGUACAUGAAAGAUGCGCUUUUAGAAAAUGAAUACAUAUACUUUAUGUAGAGAUGGUUCCUAACGACGACAACAACAAAUCAAUUGCAAAACUGAAGUUCAUAUCGCUAAUCUCACACUAGCAAUAUUUUAACAUAGCACCAUGCAGUAAAUGAAGGAACUUUUGACAGCGACAUCGGCUUCGUUGUUUUGGUGGAUUAGCUAAAAGAAGUUGAUUGUCAUUUCUUUUUAACUUACACAACCAUUUCAUAUAUAAAAAAGAACGUCUGCAUUAUAUUAACAAAUUUUCUGUAACGGCAGAUUCCGAAAGGUGUAUGCGAUUCCGCACGCCAUGGUCAGUAUGCAAAUUUGUUACAUUUGUAAACACAAGGUGCGUGUAAUAGAAAAUGAAAUAAAUUCUUUCGGCACAGUGUUUGGUAUGGUUAUGGUGUGACCAUUAGAUAGAAUAUACAUUUGUAUGUCGCUCUAUUUUUAACUCAUACAUUUUGAGGCCUUGAUUA